CUCACUCUGCAGUAGUGUAGUGCCUACCCGGCGUGUGGCGACAAUAAACGCGCUCGCUUUUAUCGCCGUGUCAAAUAGCCUAUUGUUAAAAUGAAGUCGGUAAUUUGUCGGUGAUUAUUCCGCGAACACGAUAAACCACGCAAUAUGCCUUAUAUCAUGGUGAUGGGCAGUCUGAGCGCUCCACAUUUAUCAAAGGAUGAAGGCGCGACUGUUUACGGGCUCAAGAGCGAGGAACGUGCCACUUUAGUGCGGGAGCUAAACUCAUCAUUCGGGAUGACAAUCGCAGUCUCCAACGACCAAGAACGCACCGUGCGGGUCACGCAAAAGGGCCUGACACUUGUCGUCGUCAACAGACUCCAUGGCUUACUCGGCUACGACGUUGUUUCCCAUUCUAUGGCAAUGACGAACGCCAAUAGAGAGCUGGUAUCCUUCUCCAUGUACAAGAAGUCGAGCCCGAGUAGUCACGGCCAUGGCUCCAGUCAUAGUCACAGUCACACGCAUGGACAUAGUCACACGUCGCAUAGCAAAGUGCAUACGCACGGCGAUGUGCUCACUACGCUUUAAGUGCUGAAGCCUUGUGGCAACAUCUGAAUUUCAUCGUGUAAAUAUUCGUCAUUAUGUACUUAACCAUCGAGAAUAUUAUAAUCAUAUAUUUCCUGAUACUAGAGCACACGAUUGUAGAUCGCAAUCUAUAGGAAUCUCUCUGACUUUGGUAAAAUGUAAUUAAUUCACUAUUUAGUAAAUGUUAAGGAGUAUUGUUUAUAUUUCUCAAUAAAAUUACACAAACAAGGUUGUUUCAUUU